AUGGCGUACGCACUCAACCCGCUGCCGGCGCCUGUCGGCGUCUAUCCGCAGUACACGUCCGACAAGACCGAGACGCUUGUCCUCAAGGAAAAGAUUGUGUCGCUGCCAGGCGACUCCUUCGAUGUGCUCCUGGCCGACGGCAGGCCGUUGCUGAAAGUCAAGGCCAAGGUGCUCUCGGUGGGCGCGCGCCGGUCGGUGUUCGACGCCGCCAGUGGCACGCACCUCUUUGACAUUUACCGCGACCUGAUGCACGUCCACACGACCUACGUCCUGGAGGACCCCAGCGGCAACAAGUUUUUUGAGCUCCGGAACAACAUUCGGUUCUUAAGCACCUCUGCGACGGCCCACUUCGCGACCAAGGCCACCGGCAAGCCCGAGGCCCUGACGAUGAGGGGCAGCUGGAACAACCUGCGCGGCGACAUCAAGGACGACACAGGCCACGUGGUCGCGCGCAUCGACCGCCAGCUGCUGAACGCGCGCGAGCUGGUGUUCCACCAGUCCUCGUACGCGGUGGUGGUGGCGCCGGGCAUGGACAUGGCCAUUGUCGCAGCCAUGUGCAUCUGCCUGGACGACAAGGCCAAGAUGCAGUACAAUUGA